UUUUUCUUCAUUAAUUUCAGGUUUUCACGAAUGCCAGUGAUAUUUAGCAUAUUUUUAAAGCCAUGUUUACGAAGUCAUCUUUGUUCAUCCUAGUCGUCAUGAUGACGAUAAGUUCGGCCUUGGGCCUGAAAUGUUACAUUUGUAAUUCACAAAAGAACAAGGACUGUUCGGUGGACGAUUUCGACCGCAAUGCUGCCGAAGCCAGAGGAUAUUUGCACGAGUGCACGGCCAUGCAUUUACCCAUCGGCUUGGAUUAUGGACAGAUGAACGACGUGUCUUUUGCAUGCCGGAAAACCUAUCAAAAAGUGAUGGACCACGUGACGGUGCAGCGUUCGUGUUCGUGGGUUGUGGCAAAUCACACGGAGUCCAGGUGCCAUCAGUCGCUCGACGACGACGCUCGCAUGUUGAUUUGUUCGUGUCUCACUGAUCUCUGCAAUGAAUCGACGUCAUCAGCUGGUUCCCUUUGGUUGCUUCUCGUCGGGGUCGGCUCUGCCGCCGCCGGGCGACUUUUACCGCACUGA